UAUAUUUUUAGUCUGUCUUAAAUUCUAUGUUGUUUAUGGAGCAUAUCACAUGACCCGUUUAUUUUGUCCCCGUGAUCAAGUUUAGAAAAUUCAAAAAAUAAUACUUUACCAUGUCCAAAGUUGAGAUAGACAUACCUGAUAAUUCACUGGACAACAGUGGCGACGGUGAAUUACUAGGCAUGGUAGAUGAGGGGUCAUUUGACAGUGCUGAAGACCGGAAUCAGAUGGUCUCACAGUCGUUUAUUGACGGGAACGAGGAGGACGCAGGUCACUACUUCAAAGAUAUUGGAGGAGCAGUGACAUACAGGUUUGUGCCAAUGACCUCUGGAGAGGAAACAAUUAGUGAUCAAGCAUCUGGCUCGCCCACCCAUGUACUCGCAAAUCGUGAAUUCUAUGUAAUUGGCAACUCAGUAGACGUGUUCGGAUCCUCCUCAAAUUCCAAGAAACCUAUCAGAAGAGAUCCAAUGCAGGCAAAAGUUAUUACUACUAAAAAGCGUGACGACAAGCGGCGAGCCACCCACAACGAGGUGGAGCGGCGGCGGCGCGACAAGAUCAACACGUGGAUCAGCCGGCUCGCGGCGCUGAUCCCCAGCUCCGGGCUCCCGGACUCCGCCAACAAGGGCGGCAUCCUGGCCAAGGCCUGUGAUUAUAUAACGGAGCUCACGACUAAGCAGAAGAAAUUCGAGAAGUUAGAAAUCGACAAUGAAAAACUCGUAAUGGAGGUACUGAAACUGAACCAAGAGCUAACAGAAUUAAGAAAAGAGAAUUCCUCACUUCGAAGCCAAAUGGUAGAUAAUUGUAUAGUAUUAACACACAGGCCUAAGAACCAAAAGUCUUAGUUUAAGGUGAAGCCUAGAAAAGGGCAUAGGGUAUAACAUGAAAGUGCUAAAUUAUGGAAUGUAGCGGAUAAUGGCUAUUUUCUGGUGCUGUGAUUCAUGUUGAUCGACUAGCAAGAAGUGAAUUUAGAUUUUACAUGCGAGUGUUAAGUUGGAUCAACAGGUUUCUGUCAACAAUUUUGGCAAAUUACCUAUUUCACUUACACACUUAUAACCACAGGAGAUGGGCCCAUCCUAGAAGCAUAAAAAGAAAGUACAUUUAACUAUAUCCUAGCUAGCUUUGGGACAGAUCCUAUGCUAUGGAAAAAUAUCGUAACUAUCCCACAUUAAUUGUAUUCAUGGUAAUUGUCAUACCAUAAAUGUGCUGCUAUGCUAUGAAGUAAAAAAUAUAAUAACGCAGGAAAUCAUAAAUAAAAUUAAAAUAGAUAGAUGAUAAGAUAAAUCCUUCUACCCCACAUGGAUGAGCAAAGUUUCUGCAGAAAUGCAGUUUCAUGAAUGAUCACAAACCCUAGUACAGGUCUAGUCUAGACCAUGCUAGCAACUAAGAAGAUAAACUGGGAUCGGAGUUCGGAAAAUAAUAAAACUGGAUCUUAAUAAUAAUAAAUAAAAAGGCGUGAAUUUAAUAAGCGUUAACAGUAAGACCAAGACUGCCUAAGACCUUAUAAAAACAUAAGUGAAAUAAGUAAAGCUAUAAAAGGAACAUAGGGUGACAAAUAAGUUUAGAGUAAGAUAGUUUGAAAUAAGUAUAGAAACUCUGUUAUAAAUUGUGUAAUUAGAAAACAUGAUAUCGCGCAUGAUAUAAAUAUUCUGAAUUUUGUUACAUAACAUGUGUAAGUUGAAACAUUUUGUAUAUUAACUACUGAAGUUGCAAACAUUGUUUUAGAAUGUUGUGGAUUUUCAAUGUAUAUCCGUGUAAAAUAUGUUUAUGUAUCAAAAAAUUCUCGGAUCAGUUGUUGAAUACCGUAAUAUUUAUUGAUUAGGUACCUAACUUAUAAAGUUAUCAUUAUGUUUAAGUUUUAUAUUUUUGUUAUGUAUUGUUUUGAAUGUAGUAAAUAUUUAAUUAGGUACAAAGGUUUGUAAAUAAAGUAUGAAAUCAAGUUUCAGGACGAAUAGGUACUUCUUUUGUAGUUUACAGAUCUUCCCCUUUCGUCUUCUGUGAAAUAGAAUAAUUUCUUAACAUAUUUUAAUUCCCAUUAAAUUGAUCUGGCUGACUACCUAUUUUAAUCAAGUUUUGUAAAAAUACCUUUUUACUUAUUACAGUGGAAUGCAUUUAGUAAAUA